AUGGGCAACAAGUUGUCAACCGAAGAACCGCAGCACGUCAAGGCCCUGAAAUUGAAGCCCAACGUCUUGAAGGAGCCGGCAUUCCAACACUAUACUGCUGGCUGGCGAGAAGCCGAGUUUGAUGACGACGCCGAAGAGUUUUUCUUCAAACAGCCGCCCGACUAUGACAGUGGCAACGAGAAAGAAGGAACGACCAACUACAGAUAUGAUGGGCACGCACGUGAAGAUGAUGCCCAAGACCUGCAAAUCCAGCCAGGGCGACUCGAAGACCGAUCGUCUCCUCAUCAGGACCGCGCUCGGAAGGAGAGGAGGCCUUUCCCAAGCGAAGGCAGAUGUACCCCAAUGAAAGCCAGCGAGACCGCCUCUGAUCGAUGUAACAGGUGUAGACCUACAGCGGACGCUGGACAACAGGAAGACAUCUUGAGACAAGAAGAUACCUCGGCUCGCAAAGCAUCUUGUGAAACAGCUGGUGUUUGA